CUGAAAUUCAAAUUGCCAAGGCCAAUACGGUAACUUUGUCGUCACGCGUCUAGCCCAGCCUGUCCACCACACCAUCUCUCCUCCGAACCUCGCCGGAGAUUCUCUCUAUCCUCUCUCUAGAUCUACCACAAGCGAAUCCAAUUAGAGAAGUCAUCGAAUAUUGUUCGAAGAAAACCACACGUUGAUUCGAAGCGCUUGCGGGCGGCCCCGUAUCCAAUUCCACCGGAAAAUGGGGGAUUUCAAUUUAGCCCUAGUGAUCGUCGCCAUUAUCGUCUGCGUGCUCGUCUUCAUCUUCAACGUCUACCUCCUUGUCAACUACCAGCACCCGGACGAUGCCAACCAGGCCUAUUUCCCCAAAUUCGUCGUCGUUUUGGGGCUCUCAAUCGCCGCCAUCUCCAUCCUGAUGCUCCCGGCGGACGUGGCCAACCGGCAGGCCUGCCGCCACGCGAUUUACAACGGCGCUUGCAACCUGACGCUCCCCAUGAAGGAUUUGUGGCUGGCUAUUUACAUCGUGGAUGCGAUUCUGGUUUUCUUUGUCAUCCCGUUCGCCAUGUUCUAUUACGAAGGAGACCAGGACAAGACUGUUUGGAAGAGAAUGAAAGGCGCAUUGAUAUGGGUGGUUGUGACGGCCGUUGUCUGUGCCCUUGUUCUUGGAAUUUUAUAUGGGCUUGUCGGAAAGGUUGACUUCACGGUUAGGCAUCUUUCCUCAUCAACUGUGUCCUUCCCAUCAUCGUGGGACUUCUCUAGCUAUCAACAAUGUAUUGGAAAUGGAGCUAGGCAGUGCUCGGCAUAUACAGCCCAUGCUUCAUCUGAGACAACUUGGACCAUGCAAACUACCUUCCCAGAAUAUGUUGUUGCACUUGCAACAAUUGUUGGAUCUGUGCUUUUCACUAUUUUUGGUGGAGUUGGAAUUGCUUGCCUUCCACUGGGACUCAUAUUUUCAUUUGUCCGCCGCCCUAAAGCUGUUAUUACACGUUCUCAGUAUAUUAAGGAAGCAACUGAACUGGCAAAAAAGGCAAGAGAACUUAGAACAGCAGCUGAUGCACUUCACAAGGAAGAAAGGAGUGGUAAUAAGGGAAGGAAAUGGCGUAAAAACGUGAAAAGCGUGGAGAAGGAGCUUCUACUUUUGGAAGAAGACGUGAAAGCUUUGGAAGAAAUGUAUCCUCAAGGAGAAAAGGCUGAAGCAACGUGGGCUAUGACAAUUCUUGGCUAUCUGGCCAAACUGGUGCUUGGAGUUGUCGGGUUGAUUGUUUCAGUGGCUUGGGUUGCACAUAUCGUGAUAUACUUGCUUAUCGACCCUCCUCUUUCUCCUUUUCUUAAUGAGAUUUUCAUCAAAUUGGAUGACGUUUGGGGUCUUCUGGGCACUGCAGCAUUUGCAUUCUUCUGCUUCUAUCUGCUGCUUGCUGUCAUAGCUGGGGCUAUGAUGCUUGGCCUGAAAUUGGUUUUUAUUACCAUCCAUCCUAUGAAGUGGGGAGCUACACUUAUGAACUCUUUUCUUUUCAAUGUUGGCCUCAUUCUUCUUUGCUCAAUCAGUGUGAUUCAGUUCUGCGCCACAGCAUUUGCAUAUUAUUCCCAAGCUACUGCAGCUCAAGAAAUCUUCGGUCACACGUUACAGUCUCUUCGUGGCAUUAAAUAUUUGUACAAGUACAACGUAUUUCAGAUUGGGUUCAUAAUUUUAGCAGGGCUUACUUUUGUAUAUUAUGCAGCUUUUGGAUGGAGAAGAAAAAAACCUAGCGGCAGGUUCCAGCUAUCCUCGUAAAAAGCUUGCUGCUCGGGAUUUAACUGAAUUUGUAUGAGCUGGAUUUCUUGAUUUUUAUCGACUACAAAAGUGGUGUUAUAUUCUCGUGCGGUUUUUGUUUAAUUUGUUGCGUGAAGAAGAAUACUAACAUCAUUAAAGGUACUCGGUGAAAGUUGAAUUUGAUCUGUGCUGUGCUCUCCUGGUUUUGCUGCUUUGGUUGUUUUCUGAUCUGUGUAUGUAUAUUGUUGUUGUAUUUUUAUUUUUAUUUUUU